GUCGCUUUCUUGGCCCAUCGUCCAGAGAUCUUGGCGGUCCCGUUGAUGAAUCUGGACCGACAAGUGUCAAUCACUCAAUCGCGACGUUGAAUGUACCUCCUGCUGAGAGCCUUCCUGGGUGUGCGACAGGGUUUUUUCUUGCAGAGUCCUGGCUUUAUAGGUGUAUGGCGUUUACUGCCGCCGUUCAUCGCGCGUGCCUGGCUUGUUGAUUAUUGCCCAAGGACACUUUCCCAUCAUGAAUCAUCACUGUUGCUCACGGGAACGAGCGAAAAAGCUGUAAGGAACCACGUGAGGUCGUGGGUUGUUUGAGGUCUGAGAUCCCGACGCUGGAAGGCGGGAAUUUGAGAACCAGGAGAGAAAGAGAAGGCAUGUAGAGAGGUAGACGUCCGCAUCGCGAGAACGGUAUGUGGUUUGAUUGAUGAGCUGGCGGUUUUGAUUGAUGAGCUGGCGGGGCGGCGAUUUGAUUGAUGAGCUGGCGGGUUGAUUGAUUCGUUUGUCGACCGCGAGAGCUUUUGAGAGCGGAACAAUGUAGGUGUGAAGAAGAUAGUGUUUUGUAAGAAUCCUUUAUGAUCGGAGUGGAAGGUAAGAGAAGAUGGGGAGAGAGAGAGAGAGAGAGAGAGAGAGAGAGAGAGAGAGAGAGAGAGAGAGAGAGAGAGAGAGAGGAGAACGAUUCUGGCAGUAUAAAGGUAUAUUUAUCGUGAUAAAAUUGAUAGUGGUGAUGAUUGAUGCUCAUUUGAUGAUGGUGAUAUCUGUUUUUCAAUGACGAUGGGGACGAUGGCUGUCAUGCAGCUGCGGCUGACAGUGGAUGAUGAGUGUCAUGAUGACGAUGAUGAUGAGGACGAUGAGGAGGAAAAAGGGAGGAUGAGGAGGAAGGGAAAGGGAGGUGGAAGAGGAAGGAGUAGAAUGCGGGGGAGGAGAAAGGGAGGUGGCAGAGAAAGGGAGGUGCAGAGAAAGGGAGGUGGCAGAGAAAGGGAGGUGGAGGAAGGGGGAUAAGGCAGAGGCUAACUGUGGGGUGGGGAGUGAGUGAGUACUGUCGGUGAAUCAACCAAGCAAACAUCU